AUGGCAAAACAUGUCAUCUCUACUCCCUUCCUUAUUCAAUUCCUCCUCUUCAUCCUACUCACCACCAUCCCCUCUUCACAUUCCAACAACCAUACCGAUCUUGAAGCUCUUCUGGCUUUCAAGAAUUCCAUACAUGCCGAUCCAUUGCAUGCUCUGAGCUCGUGGAACGAAACAACGCAUUUCUGCCGGUGGAAUGGCGUCUCAUGCAGCAAAAGGCAUCCGAGCAGAGUCGUCUCUAUUUCUCUGCGGUCUCAAGGCCUCGAGAUUGGUCGUCUUAGAAGACUUCAAGUGAUCGAGUUUAGUAAUAAUUCUUUUGGAGGCGGGAUCCCAACAAACUUAUCACGAUGUACAAAUCUUUAUAAACUGAAUUUGAUUGACAAUGAGCUCACCGGAGGCAUAGUCCCUGAGAUAGCUUCUCUUGCCAAGCUCCAAGAGUUAGGGUUGUCAGGCAACAUGCUUUCGGGGACUAUCCCACCAUUCCUAGGAAACCUCACAGAUCUAUCCCAACUUUCGUUACGAGAUUGUGGCUUGCAAGGAGAUAUUCCGGAGUCGCUUUCUCAACUUAGAAGAUUGCGGUUGCUGGUUGUGGGUGCCAAUGAUCUAACUGGCUCUAUCCCAUUAGCCCUCUAUAAUCUUUCAAGGGUCGAGGUUUUCGAUUUUGGUUACAAUAAACUCCAUGGGAAGAUACCUGCUGAAGUCGGCUCCCUUCCUAAGUUGUGGCACCUUAGUCUGUCCUAUAAUCAUUUCACUGGUGUGCUUCCAGCUUCACUAUCGAACUCUUCCAUGAUUGUAAAUCUAAAUCUAAAUAGGAACAAUUUCAAUGGAAAUAUGAUCGAUUUAACGAAGCUUUCAUCUCUUAAAGUGCUUGGGGUUUACUAUAACCAUUUGAAUGGAGAUAUAGGUAGUAUUGUAUCAUCCCUCACAAACUGCACCAACCUUAAGAUUUUGUCAUUGGGUGAUAACCAUUUCACUGGUUCAUUGCCAGAUUCCGUUGGCAAUCUUUCUAAUCACUUGUUUGUUCUAUCCAUUAUUGAAAAUCAGUUAAGUGGAAGCAUUCCAUCUAGUAUUGGAAACCUUGUUGGUCUCACUUUUUUAACAGCUAGCAUCAAUAAUCUAAGAGGUCCAGUUCCUUCCUCCAUUGGGAAACUUUCUAAGUUGCAAGAACUCUAUCUCUAUAAGAAUAGACUGGAAAAUGAGAUCCCAUUCUCAUUAGGCAACUUGACUUUGUUGAACUUUCUCAACUUGGGACGAAACAAUCUUUCUGGGAGUAUACCUCAAAGUCUUGGAAACUGUAGCAACUUGUUAUUUUUAGAUCUUUCAGACAACAAUCUCAGUGGCUCAAUACCUUCCGAAAUCAUUAAGCUUUCCUCCAUUUCCAUUGCACUCAACCUAUCUUACAACAGCUUGACGGGUACUAUUCCAUUGGAAGUUGGGACUUUGAGAAAUCUUGGGAUCAUGGACUUGUCCAACAAUAGAUUAUCAGGAACCAUCCCACCUUCUUUGGGGAGUUGUGUGAUGCUCAUCUUGCUUCACCUAGGGAGAAAUUCAUUUCAAGGUGAGAUACCUGAUGGUCUGAGGGCUCUGAGAGGUUUAGAAUUUUUGGAUCUUUCACAGAAUAAUCUUUCUGGGAUAAUUCCAAGAUUUCUGGUUGAGUUUCGCUUGUUGUAUAUCAACCUUUCUUUCAAUGAGUUGCAAGGUGUAGUCCCAUCUCUCGGAGUUUUCCAAAACGAAAGUGCAAUCUCACUUGAAGGAAACCAAGACUUGUGCGGAGGUAUUGCAGCCCUAAACCUUCCUCCUUGUCCAUCACCACCCAAAUCCAACAACAAAGGUUUAGGGAAAAUCUUGAUCCCAACUAUUGUCGGAGCCAUAUGCCUAGCACUUGCAGUGUGCUUAUGUGUGAUCAUUAUCUACAAGCGGUGUUCAUUGCAAAAUGUUGGAACCCCAAUAUUCCAAUUGCCAGAGUUUUUGAGGCUAUCUUACGGAGAUCUCUUGAAUGCCACAAAUGGAUUCUCACAUACGAAUCUAGUUGGUGCAGGUAGAUUUGGAUCUGUGUAUAAAGCAACUAUCAAUGUUGAUGAGCAAACAGAUGUGGCAGUGAAGGUUCUUAAUCUUAAUGUAAGAGGAGCUUGUAAGAGUUUGGGAUCAGAAUGCAAUGCAUUGAGAGGCAUACGACACAGAAACUUGCUCAAGAUCGUGAGUGUAUGUGACAGCACGGAUUUUCAAGGGAAUGAUUUUAAGGCAUUGGUGUAUGAAUUUAUGGCCAACGGAAGCCUCGAGAAUUGGCUGCACUGCAAUCCUGAAAAUGAAGGGUUUAGAGCUCUAAGUGCUAUUCAGAGACUGAAUAUUACAAUUGAUAUUGCAUGUGCAGUAGAGUACUUGCAUUGCGGUACUGACUCCAUAGUUAUUCAUGGAGAUUUGAAGCCGAGUAAUAUUCUCUUGGAUCAAGACAUGGUCGCCCAUGUUGGUGAUUUCGGAUUAGCCAAAAUCAUCUCAAGCAUUUCACAUAACAUGUCAUCCACGGAAGGAAGCAGUUCAUCAGCAAUCAAGGGUACCAUAGGCUACAUCGCUCCAGAAUAUGGCAUGAGUGAUGUUUUAUCUACACAAGGGGACGUAUACAGCUACGGAAUUCUUCUGCUUGAAUUGUUCACAAACAGAAGACCCACCGAUGAUGCCUUUGAGGGGUACCAAAAUCUCCAGGAGUUCGUCAGCCACGCUUUACCAAACCAUGUAUUUGAAGUGGUGGAUCCGUAUCUACAUCAACAAGUGAAUGAAGUGGACAAGUAUUGGGGUUGCAUUGUUUCGAUUUUGAGUAUUGCACUGAGAUGCUCACAGGAGCUUCCCAGAGAUCGUACCCCGAUGGGAGAGGUUGUUAAUCAACUGAAAAAGAUAAGAAAUGUUUUUCUUGAAGACAGGCGCGGUAGAAAUGUCGCUUCCUAUCAACGUUAA